CAUUCAUAAAUCAUAAGUAAAAGUUGUAGCCUGGAGAUGAUAUGAAAGUCGACGUUUAAUGUAUGCCAUGUUGGUAAAUGAAUCUGCCCUAUCGUUCAUUCCAGGAUCAGUACGCCUUUGAUUGCAUAAAGGUAGGCAUACUGGAGUGUGCGCGGCCGCGGAGGAGCCGUUUCCUAUCCAGUGCUAUGGAAUUGCUACUACUCCUACUAACGCCGAUGAACGAUUACCUCAGAUUUCGGUAAUGACACCUAACAUUGCCCAACAAUCAACAAUGUGAGACUACCUAAUUGGUAGUAAUCGUCACCCAUCGUAGUUUCGACCAGGAUCCGGAGACAGCCUGAACUAGGCUUAGGGUACAAAAAACCGUAGUGUAGGAUACUAAAGUAACAUCAGUAAAGUUCGCUGGAGUGAAAGAUGGCUGCCAAACAAUAUGGACACAGUUUUGUGGUGUGAAAAUAGUUGAAUUAAUUUUCAGCAUUUAAGAAGUGACUGAGCAAAGAUGAAUAUUUUGCCAAAGAAAAGGUGGCAUGUUAGGACCAAGGAUAAUAUUGCCAGGGUCAGGAGGGAUGAAGCUGCAGCAGCAGAAGAAGAGAAAGAGAGGAUUCGUAGACUUAAACUUGCGGAACAAGAAGCAAGGACAGCAUAUCUGAGAGCAAAGGCUCGUCCAACAAGUGGAACAGAAUACGAUGGAGGUUCUGAUAACAGCAAGAAGCUUAAGUCACCAGAGAAUGCUGAAGCCAACAUAUUUACAGCUGAAGGUAACAUUAAUUUUUUCAAAGAAUUGGAGGAUGGCAAGGUAACGACUGGCACAAAUAAAGAACAUGAAGAAGAAAAGAAAGCAGAACAAGAAAAAUAUGAAAAAAGCAUUGGAUACUUAACAUACUUAGGGCAAGAUUCUCUAGAGUCCAAAGGAGGAAAGGCAUGGUAUGAACUGCAUAGUGUGGGAAGAGUAAGUGACAGUGAUGUUGAAGCCAAAAAUGAGGAAGUGGGACUGAAAAGCAAGUCAAGGUUGGAUCCUAUCAACGAUAUUAUUAAGUACACUGGAUUAAAACCUGUGAAGAAAUUGGUUGGUACAAUCGGUGCAAGUGUUGUGGCCAACCCAAGUUGUGGAACUUUAGUUGAUCCAGUUAGCUGUAGUACAAUUAAAGAAGAAAAGGAUGUAGGAUGUGUUGUUGAUAAGGUUAAAACUGAUAAGAAACAUAAAAAGAGGCAUAAAAAAAAAGACAGGCACAAAAAGAAGAAACAUAAGCAUGAUGAAAAAGAAAAGAGUAAAAGAAAAGAUAGAAAAGGCACCAGUAAGAGAGAGAAAAGAGGCAGUGAAAGUGACAAUGAAGAAAAUUCUUAUCAUAAAAAAUGUAAGAAAAGAAAAAAGAAUAGAGAAGAUAGCAGUAGGAAGCGUAGACAUGACAGCAACACCGAUAGCAGUGAUUAUGAAAGUUAUAAAAAGCGAAGGAGAAAGGACAGUAGUAGAAGUCAUAGUCAUGGUAGCAACAGUUCUAGUUGGUCUUCCAGUGACAGCAGUUGGGAAGAAGAACAACGAGAAAAACAGAAAAAGUUAGAGGCCUUGAGAGCUGAAAGAUUAAAAAGGGAGGCUGAGGAAAGACGGCGUGCUGAAAGGCUUCUUGCUGGGCAGAAGCCAGAAGCAGUUGAAACACCAGCUUCUGCUACCACUGGAUAUGAGCAGAAAUACAGUUCCCAGUAUAACCCUCAUAUAGCUAGACAAAACCAAGAACCAAAAACAUUGGAAUCUGGGGUUAAGUAUUGGCUCUAGUAAUAGAUGUUAAAAGACUUUAAAGUGUCCAGGUGACUAAUGUUAUUAGAUAACUGGAUAUUUAAUUGUGGUAUCAUUGGCUUUUAUGUAUGUACCACAUGUAUGCAUAGGUGUAUAAAUUAAGAAAAUUUAUAUUGUUCACACAUUCAUGAGUACAAUCCUAUUUUACUAGUGCCUUUAUACAAUAUCUUUAUUUUGGUGUGCAUGACCUUCCUAAAUUUAAGUCAUUGUUUAAAUAACUACAUAAGACAACAGAAAUAUUGCCCAGUUGAGUAAUUUCCCCCUCACUAUUGGUAGUGAGCUGUUCUUCCACUGGUCAUCCUAAUGAACACAUUAUCCUUAUAAUACAAUAAAAGGUCUUUGGGAUUUGAUUUUCCUUAAUUUACUGGGACUGCUGGGAGCCCGAAUGUUUCAUUACGUCUGUGUUUUUGGUUUUAGUGAACAUUGUUUUGUUAUUUUACAAUGUUUCAUUGUGUUCCAUCUUACCUUUUCAUGUUUUUAUUGUUUUACAAUGUUUCAUUGUGUUCCAUCUUACCUUUUCAUGUUUUUAAAGCAGCAUAUACCUUUCACACCCUUUAACCUUGAUCAGACAGUUGUGUAAGGUUUUUAAUGAUCUGUUAAAUGCUAAAUUCCAAGCCUCUCUGAAAAGAACUUAAAAUUCUUUUAAUAAACAAAAGUAAACAUCUGAGAGGCAAAAGUGUAUGAAAUUAGUAGUCUACUAAUGCCAAGUCAAUGAGAUUUAAGAGAUUUGAUAUGAUAUGUGUAAAUUACUUUAUGGUAAUGGAAACUAAGCACUGAAGUUAUCUAUACAUAUAUGUAUGCAUUCUGUUAUCAGUGAGAAUGUAUGCAUUCUGUUAUCAAUGAGAAAAGCCAUUUUGAUAGCACAGGUGCUUCCUGUCCUUGGUGCUGGAGAGCAAAUAAUGGUAGGAUUAAUUCCUUUAGGGUUUCACAUAUUUGAUGUGAUAUAGCAUAUACAUAUUGUUCAGCAUGUAUCAGUUGAGAGCCAGUGAUGAUGUUGGGACAGCAUUUGUUUGGACAUAGUAAUAGGUUGCAUGAAAGAAAGUGAAAAUUUGGAAGCACUGUAGCUGUUCAAUGGUAUAAGGGUUUUUAUCUAGUCUUGUGUAUUAUCUCGCUUUUAAAGUUACUUAUUGCUCAUCAAACCUUUUCUAAGGGUCAUAUCCAGAUCACUUCACUUGACUUUCAGUAUUUUCUUCAAUUGGACCUGACAAAAAUCUUGUUGCCAUGUUCUUAUUCCUGUUGAAUAUUAUGUUCCACAUAACUCAAUGAUCCUGGUGAUAGGAUUGACAAAGAAAGGGCAGUUUAUUUUGAAUUUCUGCUAUACUGCUGCCAAGAUGAGUUUUGACUUCUUAUCAGUUUAAGAAUAUCAUGCAAAAAUUAGACUAACUUAAUGAGCUUUGUCACUAUACGUACUUCCAGUUGAGUCUGUAGGAUCAUCUGUUACAAUGGAACGUCUCUUGUACUGUAUGUUAUUCCAUACAGGAGUUUGAGAUCCUUGUAGCUCUAGUUAUCUUUGUGCCAUUGUCAUUGUAAAAUAGUACAUUUUGAGAUGUAUUUAGACGCCUGGUUUGUGGAGAUAUGAUAAAUGUCUCAUUGACAGGUUUACGUUUUAGUCCUUUGCUGUUAUGAGCUGCUCUGAAUACACUGCUUGUUUAUAUGUAACAUAAUGUAAGUUACUAGCCUUAUUUGCAUUUGAUUAGCAUUUAAUAUUCAUAAAUUUUUUGUAUGUAGAAUUACUGCCUACCUUUUCAGUUUUAUUUUUGUUUAUGAAUCGUAUGGACUUUGGUGAUUUUGUUUGUAAACAUUAACAUUUUUUAUUGGUAAUAUUUUUUUGGCUUGAUCAUUAUUAUUACUGUAUAUACUUGUUUAUCCAGGCUACCAAUUUGCUUUUUCAGAUCUUUGAAUAGGCUAAAGGAUUUUAUCUUAGAUAGACUUUUGAGUCAAAGGAAAGUUAGAUAGCUAUGUAGGUAGGGCGAGAAGAAAUGCUGGAGAGAGCUUGGGUGCCUUGGAACCUACUCCUGGAGGGGAUUAAGGAAAAAUAGAUACAUUUGAUUUGCUAUUUUGUUAAGUUUAACAGAAUUAAAAGAUCGCCGUGCAGCAACAAAAAUGCAAAUUGCAGUGCCUAAUGUUGAUUCAAUUUUGCUACCAGGCACUGGGCCAUGGAAGGUGCCAUCUUGUAGUAUGGGUCGAUUUUCUAUUUAUUACUUGUUCUUAGGGGUUUUGCUUGGGUAUAUAUCUCCUCAUGAUUUUGAGGGCUGUUUUUCCCUUGUGUGCAAUACCUAAUUUUCUUCCCUCCUUACUUUUAUAUCUACUGUUCUCCUUAUUUUCACAAAAGCAGUAGGUGAGAUUGGGUUUCUUUUUUAUAGUUCUCCUAGAAGUUUCAAUUUUUAUGAAACUGUAGGACACAACUUUGACAAACUGCAAAGACUAGCAGUACAAUGAGGUUACGUUACACAACAGUACCUGCUAAGGCUGCUGAGAAUGACAGAUUUCAUGGUGCCUGAAUGUCACUACAUAUUGCAUAAUUUGCAUAUUCUUGGUGCCAUUGUAAGUGUGAUCAUGGAUAAUUUCUUCAACUUUUAUAUUUCUUAUACGUAUGGACUUUGGUGCAGUUGAUUACCAGUCUAGACAAGAGAGCACAGGUACCCAGUUGUAAUACGUAUUCUCUUUUUGUGUAAUUCUUACCUCUUGGUGUAAUUUGAGGCAAAUUUGUAUUCCUUUGCUUUUCAUCUCAUUUGUUUCAAAUUUUCUUUUCCCUUAUCACAAUUAUUCUCAUCAGCCUUGUGUCCAUAUGUUUUUCGUUGUAUGCAAUGAAAUUCAUCAUAAUGGUCUCAGUGGAAUUCUUUAGUUUGUUAAUGCUGCUAUUCAUCAGCCAAUUCUGUAAUUAAUUAUGUAGUAUUCUGGCUAAUAAGUGUUUAGAAUUCUGGUUGUAAUGUAUCACUUUGGUGUUGUUAUUUACCUUUGCUUUUAUUACUCUUGUGAAAAUUACUGUUUUCUCUGUACACUGCAUAUGACAUAAAGGCAAAUUAAACUAGUAAUAUAUUGUCUGGAUUACUAGUUCUUUGCUUGCUAGCUCCUCAUAGAAGUUACUUGUCUAUACUUGCUUGGCUCUGUUUUCUCUCCGCAAAAGCUUAAGUUUAUGACUAAUAUGGUGUAAUCUUACAUUAAAUAACUAUAUACGGCAAGAACCCCACAUUUUAUAUACUUCCCUCCAUAGUAUUUUGCUCCAUUUUUCAAUAGUGUUCUUGUUAAUUGACAUAUGCAUUAAUUUAGUGCUUUAUACCCUUUAUUUUGAAGAGUAUUUUAUUCAUUACUCCCUUGCAACCACUCAUCUUUCAAUAUUGAUUGAGUUUGUUAUUGAAAUAAUUGUUUCACAACAAACCGUCUUUCAAUAUUUAUUGACUUUAUUAUUGAAAUGGCUGUUUCACAACAAACCAUUAGUAUAGUACAAGUAGCUUACAUUCAUGGUCUCCAUAUUCCCCUGAUAUUAUAAUGCUUAUGAAAUAUAGAAAAGUGAAUGAAGCCAUUACUGCUUGUGUGGAUGAAUCUUGAAGUCCCUAGCAGUGACCACAGCCGGUACCCAUGCUUCUGCAGCAGAGAGCACAGCAUUGUCUCUGAUCAUUUGGAGUAUAGUAUUGCUAUUAUACGUUAAAAGAACUAGGGAUGAGGGCAAAGUUGUUCAUGUAUAUUUACAUAUUACAGCCAGAAACUUUUUCUCUUCAUGAUAUCUUCAAGAAAGCUAUUUUUGUUGUUGUUAACAGAAGUUAUUGCAAGACCUAAACUUGAUCCUUAUGAAGUCAGAUACAGUAGUCAUAAUUCUGAAUUCUCUUGAUGGAAUUGUCAGUCCUGUAUAAUUAGGAUCUCAUUCAUAGUAUGUAGAUAUACUUUAGUAGUCCUUUGAAUUCUUUUACUUCUUUAAUCCUUAUCCCUUAUCAUGGGAAAUUAACUCAAUACAUUUAGUUCAUACCCUACUUUUGGAUCCAGAAAUGCACACUGAAAGAACCAUGAUGAGGAUCUCGGUUGGGGCUAAGCUUAUUUGAAAGAAAAAAAAAGUCUUCUUUUCUUUUCCAGAAAGCUAUUCAUUUCUUGCAAAUUAAAUGUAUCAUAUGUACAGUAGAUAUCAAUUUUAAUCAACCAAAAACUUUCAGUUUUUUUCUGAAGAUUGAAAAAGAAACUCACAAAAUCACUGUGCAUAAUGUGUUUACUUAUAAGUAUUUACAUACUUUUUAUUUUAUUCAACACUCGAGCCACAAAAUAACUGUGUACAGGUACUAUCCUACUUACAACCAAGUUUGGUUCCGACCCACUGGUUGUAAGUCGGAAUGGAUGUAAGUCGAACCUUUAAAAGUGGCCAACAUACUGGGUAGGGUAUACUAUCAAACCUUUGCUAUAUAAGUGCCUACUUAGUACUGUAAUGUAAUGUACAAUCAUUAUUUCAAUCUUUUUACCAUAAUGUACUUCUAUUAAUACAUUUUAAUCAUUCAUGUAAUAGUAUAUAUUACGUACAAUCAGGCAUUGAGUUACAAUUGGGUUAGGUUCUUGCAUGCAUGUCAGAAGUCAAUUCUUACGUAAAUUGGUUUGCAAUUCAGUCCACAGUACAGUUAAUACCAAAUGAUGCUGCAGAUAGGGGAGGGUUAACUCAAACUGAUGCUGCCUGAGUGAUGAGAGUUCUCAUGCUUGAGUGAUGAGAGUUCUCAUGAGAUGGCGCAGUGCCAAGUAACUCAAUGGUCAACUGUCUGAAGUAAGGUUGUAAGUACGAGUGGUCGUAUGUCGAGCAGGUUGUAAGUCGGAUAGUAGUUGUAUAAUGUGUUUACUUAUAGGUAUUUACAUUUUAUUUGACUCAACACUCAAGGGCCUGAAAGUACUAGUGUUGAGUCAAAUAAAAUGUAAAUACUUAUAAGUAAACACGUUCUACAGUGAUUUUGUGGGUUUCUUUAAAAAAAAAAUUUAAUGUUCAUAUGUUACCUAGUCACAAACCAUUGUUUUAUGCAAAUGACACACAUCUUAUCUCCACUGCCAUUGUCACUAGCUCUGGAGACAGUGAAUGCAAGAUUUUUUGAUAAGUGACAACGGACAAUCCCUCUCAUUGUGACUGAAUCAUUUUCAUUUUAGCUAAAUUUUUAUUGAAGGUUGCAGUUUGCUUGUAUAUAUUGUGCAUUGCUUUCAGGGUUAUUAGAUUUGCAAGUAGUCUUCUUAUUGCAUAAUUCUUUACCUUUUCAAACUUGGAUGUGUAAGGCAUAUAUAUUUCAGAUUGUGUUUAGCAAAAGGAUAUUGCAAGUAGGGAGGUGUAAAAAGGCCAAGAUAUCUGCCCCAGCUUUUUUAGGUUACAAAUACACCAGUGCUGUUUGCUUCCUGAUAAUCAUCUUGUAGAAUGACUUUGCAUUGCAACAGAAUGUAAUGACAAGCUGCCAUAAUCAGAAUCCCUUUAGAGUCUGAAUGCAAAUUACUAUUCUUAUGCUUAUUGUACUUACAAUACCCUUCUUUUGCAAUAUUUGACAACUUUGCAUGUAAAUCUAAAAAGUCGUUUUGCUCUCGAAACAUUUAUAUAUGUUAAUGAGGAGAAAACAUUGCAUGGCUUCUGUGCUUUUAAUUCGUGUUGGUAGCACUAAUUUAAGCCCACUUACUGCAAGUAAUUUAAAGAUAAGUGACUGUCGGGAACUUAAUGAAUGUUUGAGCCCCUUAAAACUUAUCUUUCUUCAACCUUCAGUGCCAAAUGUCAGAGUGGCUUAAUGUUUUUACCUUAAAUGCAUGUACUAAAAUGUGCUUAAUUUUUUGGAAUCAACAACAAUCUUAAUAUUAAUAACUAUACCACUGAUCCCCUAUUACAGAAAAUGAGCUUGGUGUAAUCCUGUGAACCUAAGCUUCUUUUAUAGUCUGGUUUCUUCAUUGCCAAACUCGGGAACUAGCAUGGGUCAGAUCAACAUGGUAAGUUUCCUCUGGAAUUCUGUUAGUAUUCUGAUUGCCUUGAUAUGGAAGUCCACAUUUUUCUGGUAGUGUAUUGGUUCCAGUUCCAAGAGGUAGUAGUUGAGAUCAGUAUAAUUUAGGUUAUUGGGAUUUUGGACUAUUGUAUUAAUUUGUACCACUUGAUUUUUUUAUUUCAAGUAUCACGAUGAAAAAUAUGACGUAAGUCUUCUGCUUAUUGGAAAAAGUCACUAGCCUCUGCAGCUAUGAAUGUUGCUCAGCAUCUGGCUUGGCUUAGGUGUUUGGUGAGAAUGGUAAAUCUGUGCUGGAGUUCUGUUCAUCUUAUCUCCAGCUAAAAAGUGUUCUAAUUGUGAAGGUACUGAUCUGGAUCUUGUUUUAGUAGAUAUCUCUGGUGUGUUUAUGGUUAAUAUCCUCGAAUUUAGUAACAUCAUUUUCACCCCUGUCCCUUAGCAAUGGACAGUUUAUUUGGUUGGUUUAUUUCCAGUGUAUUCCAAUUAAAAAAAACUGUAGCUAAAGUCUUGUUACAAUUUGGAAAUAUAUGUGCAAAAUUGUACACUUUAUGAUAACUUGCAUUCUUACAAAACAGAAUCGGACGCUGUCACAAAUUUUAGUUUACUCUGGAGUGCAAAAUGAUUUGGCUGUUAGCCUUAACAGAAAUCUGAAGGGGAUCAGUAUGUGGUAUUAGUAGCAUGAGAGUCUCAGAGCUAGUAAAUUUACAAAUAUAAAUUUAAGCUAAUCUUGCAACAUGUUCAUACUUUGUGGUUCACUAUGCACUUGUAACACUGUAGUACAUUAUUUAGAUAUAUGUAUUAAUUCAUGGUGUUAAUGAGUCCAAGUAUGGCCAAACCAACAACACCCUUUGUGAUACUCCUACUUCUUCUUUCUCUGCAUCUCCCACUUCUGUGGGAUUGAUGUUUCUAACGGCUUUCCUCUACCUGGCUCGAUCUUAUAUAUUGUCCUCUGACAGCUGUGUCCCUCAAACCCUCUCUAAUUACAUCCAUCCACCUUCCCUUCAGUCUUCCAUUAUCAUUCUCCCAAAUAUGUCUCCUCCCUUUUCAUCGCAUGGCUAUGCCACUGUAGCCUGCUUUCCUGGACUGUCUUUGAUAGUUCUGCCACUUUUGAAGCUUCACAUAUUCUUUCACUCUUGAUCCUAUCCAUUUUUGUCACUCCAUACAUUCAUGUAAGUGUUGUCAUCUGUACUGCAUCCAACUACUCUUGUGCUUUCUUUACCUGCCAUGUUUCAGCUACAUAUCUUGAUUCUGCAGUCACACAGGACACCCAAUAUCUUUGUGUUAUUCCUCCAUCAAAAUUUCUAUCACCAGCCACUGUUGAGACAAUCUUCGAGUCUUGAAAUCUUGUGUACUUAGUCCCUUUUCUACUAAUCUUUAAUCCUCUGUCUGCCAGUGUAUCCUUGAGAUAACACAUCCAUAAUCAGGUCAGAAUGUGCUUCAUUGUAUCUUAUGAUUGAAGGGAUCCGCUUAAAAUUUUUCCCACUUAUUAUACAGCUAAUACCAAAAAAAUACAGAUGGGGAAAUAAUGAUAUUCGACACCUUAAGUUCAUAAAUUUUGCAAUUAAAAAAAAAUUUUGAAACUUCAAAUAUAAUGUGACAAAAAAAGAUUGCACUUAAAAAGUAAUUUUUCCUGCUUUUAAUUAUAGAUAUAUAGAUAUGAUAUAAGCUGUAAAAGUUUCACUGAAUUUAGUUCAGGCAUCUUGGAGAAUGAAGCAUUUAUUUUUGAAAAAGUAAGUUUUGAGAAAAAAGCAAAAGAAAAUACGUAUUAUAGCUUAUUUUGCAAUAACUAUGAAAAUACGAUAGUUAGAAAGCUGACUUUUGUGUUUUGUGUAAAUUUAAUGGCAUAUAGGAAAUAUGCCAUUAAAUUUACAGUAAAAUCAAAUGUAUAGAACUGUGGCUUCUUGUGAUUUAUAUACUUUUACCUAAAAUUUGCUUUCACAAUUACAAAGCUGUAAGCUUUCCUACCUGGCAGUCGAAAAUUCAAAUUAUUAUGAGGCGGCGGCGCUGGCAUCGUUAGUGUAGGUGAUACAGGUCCUGCCCACUUUCGGGAAUACCCAGUACUGCUGAGCUAACUAUUGUCAAUUUGUUUUCUGCUGGCUACGUAGUAACAUCGGUGGUUUUUGCAGUAAACUUUUCAUCGCAAUCUUGUGAAUUUUUGUCGUAUUUGGUGAAGUACAAUUUGGUGGUUUUUUCUGGUUUAGCUGCUUCUUUAGCUUUCAUUUAGCUAAAUAGAGUUUAGCUGUAGAAUGUCGGACUCUAGUUCAUCUUCAGUUAGGUUGGCUGCAAAACUAAAUGGCUAAGCUCUGUUAUGAUCCGUACUCUUAAGUGCGUAAAGUGUAGGGGACAGAUAUGUAGCAAAGACUUAACUUGCAUUGAGUGUCAGGACUUAGAUGAGCAAGGGUGGAAGAACUUUAAGUCUCAUUUAAAGAAAAUGGAGAAAGGUAGAAGAGGAAAGCAGCUCUUAGAGCCAGGAGUAAAACUAGUGUUGAUAUAACUCUGCCUUUAGAGGCGAAAGAAGUCUUUUCUUUCUUCCCCUCUGUCAUCCAACAUCUCUCCUAUUAAUAGUCCUCCUACUUCAUUGCCACUAACUCCAGUCCAGGGAGCCCAUGCUUCCAAUCCUAACGCCAUUGCCAGCCUAGAGUCCAAAAUGGACAAGAAGUUCGAAAUUUUGGCCAAAUCUGUGAUGGAUUUGGGUUUGUCUUUCCGCGCUUUUGUGGAAAAAUCGAGUGUUAGUGAAAAGAUCAGUGUUGUGCCAAGUGUCAAUGUUGUGUCCAAGGAGGUGGCUGUCUGUCCCCCCAUUUCUCUUAGACAAAGGUCGCUGUCACACUUCCCUGCACCCAGGAGAAGACAUAUUGUAGGUCGAAGGGAGACGGGAGGUUUGCUCAUGGGCAGUUGCCGACUCAGUCGAGCCUGUUGACUCGCGGGUGUUGACUAAACGCCAUUGGAAGGGCACAGGUGUUAGUGAAGUGCAGUUUUCCUCUGAAUCAGAUGUGUUGUUGUGUGAAAAGAGGCAACAAUUUCAGAGUGCUGUGGUGUCGCGACCUUUAAAGAGGCAUGCCUCGUUUGCAGACUGUAUGACUGCCAGUGAAGAAGUCGAAGGAGCAGGGAAGUCCUCAGCCAUCUUGCAGUUUUGCGCCUGCACAGGCGUUUCUGGAUUCUCAUCAGUCGUCUCCAGAGAGUAUUGUUCCAACUGGCGACAGUUGCUUUUGAGGACUGACACGAUCAGAUCAGCACUCGCGUUCACGCUGUUGACUCCCCUCGCAGCUCGUCGAAAGGAGUUUCAACUUGUUCGCCUCCUGCAGCGCUUAGCGCUUCACCUGCUUGUCGCUCGUCUUCUAAGAAGAUCCAUUCGACUGUGACUCCGAAGACCUGCGCUUUGGGAGAUGAGACACUGUUUGGUCCUUUCAGACAUCAACUCCAAGAGCUUAUGGGGUUCUUGAAGAAAGCAACGGCCCCUGAAUGAGAGGAAGAUUGUUUGUCGUCAGUUCUAUCUGAGGAAGAGGAACAGGAGCAGGAGUCAAAAUCAUCUUCGGCUUACUCUAGUCUUUUGAGGUUUUUGCUUGCUACGUACCCAGACUUUUUUUUUGUUGCCACCUUCUAUGUUUGUGAUGGAUAGGAAGGUAGUAUCUUCAGGAUUGCCAAAAUUAGGCCUUUCUCAGUCCGCCAAGAAAGUGUUUAAGGAAGCGAAUGAGUGGUUGGCAAAGAAGUGGGAGUUGAGUAAAGCUUCAUUCACUUAUCCUCCUUCUAAGCUGCAGAACAAGAUUUAUCGAUUUUACGCGAGUGUAGAACUUCUUUCCUUGGGAUUCUCUGCCUCCUCUCGAGGGGAUUUCUUGGGUUCAGUGGACGUGAACAGAAGUUCUGCUUUUUCGGCUGCGAAAGUAUUGUUUUCCACCACCAAUUUUGAUCACCUGUUUCGAAACUUGUUCAAGGUGAUUGAAGUGUUUAGUUUUUUAGAUUGGACUAUUGCAGCAUUAGCCAGGAAAAUAGAGGAGUGUCAGUCUCUAGAAGAGGAGUUUUCUAUGGACUGGCUUAAUGUUUUGUCUUGUGCGGGCAAAGCUGUGAGAGACGGGUCGGGUGAACUAGCUGUCCUGUUUACAGUGGGAGUACUUAAAAAAGAGGGCAUUGUGGUGCUCUUUUGUGACUGAGGAGAAACGACAAAUCAGAAGUCAGCGUUGAUGUUUUUCCUUUAGUAAGUCCCACCUGUUCCCAGAAGAGACUAUUCAACAGGUAUUGUUGGAUCUGGAGAAGAAAUCUACCAAUGACCUUUUGACUUGUCAGUGAGACUUCCAAAGGAUCCUCCCUGGAGGGGGUAAAACUAGAAUUCAGAACAGACCGAGGACUAACUUGUGAGCACCAGGUAAGUCCACCAAAAAGCCCCCUUUAAGUCUCCAUAAAAGUAAUUGGGAGGUCCUUCUCACACCUGUAGGAGUGAGACUCCACUACUUCUGGGAGGAAUGGAGUCAAAGAGGAGCAGAGCCGUGGAUAGUCCAAGUACUUUGAGAAGGAUAUGCGAUCCUUUUUCUAAAAGAUUUUCCACUGUCUAAUGUGCCUAUCUGUUUGACAGUAUACUCAAAGGGAUCAGAGAGAGCUUUGGCAUUGGCCAAGGAAGUAGAGGCACUUGUCAGCAAGCAGGCUAUAGAAGUGGUGAUAGACAAGAAUUGCCCAGGCUUUUACAACAGACUAUUUGUAGUCCCCAAGGCAUCGGGGGGCUGGAGGCCCGUACUAGACGUAAGCGCAUUGAAUCUGUAUGUUCAGAAGUCGAAAUUUUGAAUGGAAACCAGUCAGUCGGUGAAACUGGGCGACUGGAUGGUGUCUCUUGACAUGGACACCUAUUUUCAUGCCCCCAUUCAUCAAGAUUCAAAGAGAUUUCUGAGGUUCAUCUUCAAAGGGAGAGUUUUUCAAUUCAGAGCCCUCAGCUUCAGACUAAUGAUGGCUCCCCAAGUAUUUACCUGUAUUCUCGCUCCUCUGGGAAAAUGGCUACACCUGAUGGAGAUCAAUGAGGCCUUUUAUUUGGAUGAUUGGCUCCUGAGAUCCAAGUCGAGUUGUCAGUGUGUGAAGGACUUAGAAAAGACGUUAAAUGUGACUCAACAACUGGGAAUUGAAAUAAAUCUCAAGAAAUCCCAAUUGUCUCUGACUCAGAAGAUUCCCUAUAGGGAUGGUUCAGGACUCUAGCUUUUCGGGUUUUUCUCUCCCCGAAGAGGAUAGAGUCGUGUUUAACAAUAGUACAACAAUUUCUAGUUUGUCCGUCAUGCUCAGCUCUACACUGGAUGAGUCUCCUUGGAACCCUUGCAUCAGUGGAGAGUUUCAUACCCUUAGGCCGUCUCCACAUGAGGUCUCCAAUUCUUCCUAAAGGAAAAUUGGUAUCUGAAGACACAACCAGACUCCUUCGUUUUUCCUUUGACGAUAAAGCUAAAGUCAGAUCUUCUUUGGUGACUUUUGAUGGAGGGGCUUCAGGAGGGACUUUCCCUAGUCACAAUGAAACCUGACCUAGAGUUCUUCUCAGAUGCAUCGGACAGGGGAUGGGGAGCUUUGUUAGGAGACAGUAGAGUCUCAGGUUUUUGGACAGAACAAGAGAAGACCCUACACAUAAAUGUGAAGCAGUUGAAGGUGAUUUUUCUGGGUUUACAGUCUUUUGCUCCGCUAGUUGCUGGAAGAAAGGUAGUGGAGUGGCGGAAGACUUCCUUCUCUGGGUGAAUGAGCACAAGAUCACUAUUUUAAUGAGAUUCGUUCAAGGAAGAAUGAAUGUUUUGGCAGAUGAGCUGAGCCGGUCAGACCAGGUCCUUCUGGUGGAAUGGACUCAGAAUGAGAGAGUUUGCCAAGAUCUGUGGAGAUUAUGGGGGGGAAACCAGUGGUAGAUCUCUUUGCCACCUCAAGGAACAAUCGUCUUCCGAUUUUCUGUUCUCCGGUUCCUGACCCGCUGGCGUGGAGAACGGAUGUGAUGCUUCUCGACUGGAAGGGCCUCGACGUGUAUGCUUUUCCCCCUUUGGUCUUAUAAGACAAGUCACCAUUAAGUUGCAGUCACAUCGGAAUGUGUCAGUGACUCUCGUGGCCCCAUUUUGGCCCAGGAAAGAAUGGUUCCCGGACCUCCUCAGGCCUCUAGUAGACUUCCCCAGGCUCCUACCACAAGGUCUACAUCUUCUCAAACAACCCCACUUCGACAGAUAUCAUCAAGGGUUGUCCACUCUGGCCCUGACAGGAUUCAGACUGUCAGGAGCCUUGUCACAGCAAAAGGCUUUUCACGGAGAGUAGCAGAGGCUAUUGCGAAAUCUAGAAGAAGCUAUUCUUCUAAACUCUAUCAGUCGAAGUGAAGAAUUUCUAGGAUGUGGUGCAGACAAUGCCACAUCUCUUCUACGACCUCUAUAACAGAAAUAGCAGAUUUUCUGUUAUUUCUGAGAGACUCAAGAAAGUCAUCCACCUCUACUAUUAAAGUUUAUAGGUCUAUGCUUUCUUCAGUUAUUCAGCAUAAAGGCCUUGACGUCUCAAAUAAUCAGGAUAUCAGAGACCUUAUUAAUUCUUUUGAGUCCUGAAAAGUAGCGAAGCCUGGGGAGGUGGACUGGAACUUGGAUGUGGUUCUAUGAUGGAUUUCCAGUCUUCAGUUCGAGCCUUUAAAUUCUUUGUCUCUGAGGAGUCUAAUGAAGAAGACUUUGUUUUUAGUUGCCUUAGCUACAGCGGGUAGAGUAAGCAAAAUACAGGCAUUAGUAAAGAGGUUGGGUUCUCUCAGAGUAAUGCAGUGUGUUCUUAUCUUAAAGAUUUCCUAGCGAAGAAUGAGGUUCCAUUGAAUCCAUGGCCUCGCUCUUUUGUAAUAAAGAACCUAACGGACAUGUGGGAACAGAAGAGGAGGAAUGUACAUUAUGUCCUGUCAGAGCCAUCAGGCACUAUCUACAUAGGACGGAGACAUUAAGAGGAAGUUCGAGUCGACUCUGGUCUUCAGUGAGAGACCCCUCCUGUCCUCUCUCCAAGAAUGCGAUUUCGUUAUUCCUGAGAAGCUUGAUUUUGGAAGCGCAUGCACAAGUCUAAGAUGAAACACUUAAUGUACUGAAAUCGAAGGCGCAUGAAAUUAGCGUAGUGGCGACUUCUCUAGCAUUUAGACAUAAUAUGUCUCUAUCCUCCAUCCUGCAAAUGAUGUUCUGGAGGUCGAAAUCAGUUUUUUCAUCACAUUACCUGAAGCAUGUAGAGUCUGUUUUUGAAAAUUGUUACAGGUUGGGACUGUUGUCUAUAGCUGGUAUGGUGUUGGGAGAGUCAGCAUUGGGGGACCUCUUUCCCUCUACUAUCUCCUUGCCUUGUAAUUUUAAGGUUGUCGAGUUAUUGGGAAGCCCGGGGGUACAAUGUACCUGGAGUACCCUCCAGUUUUUUAUGGUUAGGAUUGUGGUUUAUAUUUAUUUUUAGUGUAGGUGAUGGUUCUGUGGAUUGGUUGUCUGGUUUUGCCCAGGGCAAGGGCAAACUUUGAAUUUUGUUAAUCAUUGGUGAACCUCCAUGGUUACAAAAUCCCACCAUUAGUAGCGACGAACCUGGCCAUUACUGCCACGUCUGCUACAGGUGAUGAGAGCGCCGACCAGAGACAGUAUCCACCUGCAGCUGCUCUCUCGCCAGGUAAGGUACUGCAAACAUUAUGUAAUGUGAGCAUAUUAUUGUUGUGAGCAUAUUAUUGUUGUUUUUAUCAUGAGCUGUCCAUUUACCCACCCUGGAAACGUGGAUUCAGCUUUGUAAUUGUUUGGCAAGUCACAUGUUUAAAUGAUAUUUUUAUAAUAAAAUAAGAAUUCACAUAUACUUACCAAACAAUUACCUACAUACAUAAUUAGAGCCCUCCCUCCUUCCCACAGAUGGACGUUGUUGCUCAAUGAAUUGACAAUAGUUAGCUCAGUAGCACCGGGUAUUCCCGAAAGUGGGCGAGACCUGUAUCACUUACACUAACGAUGGCAGGGCUGCCCAAGAAUUUGAAUUUUCGACUGCCAGAUAAAAAUGCUUAGAGCUAUGUAAUUGUUUUAAUCUAAAGAUACCAUAUUUAUGGGGAGCGUCAAUGUCUUAAGGCCCCAUUCUAUAAAGUAAAUGACUAUACCUACCACUGAUUCUACAAAUAAUACUGAAUAAAUACAAGUCUUAUUUCAGUCUUCUUGGAGAUCAAAGAAUUUAGUUUAAAAAAAGAAAUAACUUUUCAUGGAACAUUAAAAAAGCAAUGUUUCUGGACUUGAAAAUGAGAGAAAUCUGUAAGCCAUUUUCUCUAUUAUUCUAAUGCUAGAGAAAAUGGGAUAUUUUAAUGGGAAACAAGUAUUUUUGAAUAGAUUUUAUUUAUAACAUUUGUUUUCUAUGCUUUAUUUUCACAAAUUUUUUGUUCACAGUACCAUAACACCGAUGAAGAAAGUUGUCGAUGAACUAAUCUAAACAUUUUUUUUUUUUUAGAAAGAAUGUUUCAAGAUAUGUUUAUUUACACAUAAAAGGGGCCAAAAUAGUGUAUAUUUCAAACUUAAUACAGUACAAUCUAAGAUCAUUCAUAGACUUAUACUGAUGUUUUUACAAUCUCAUUCACAGUGCCGUACAAGUGAUGAACAUAAUUGCCCAUGAACCAAUCUAAACAUGUUUAUUUACGUAUAAAACUGUCGAUAACAGUCCAUAACUCACUUAGACUUAUCUUGAAUUAUUCAUACUGACCUUUUUUACAAGUCUUUUUCACAGUUUGUGGUUCACAGUGUCAUACAAGUGAUGAACAAAAUUGGCAGUAAACCAAUCUAAACAUCUUUUUUUAGCUUUUAUAAUCAUCAUCACUUCUGGAUAUGGUUAUUUAGACAAAAUAGUUGAAAAACUGUUAAUAACUAAAAUUCAGUAAUUCCUUGAAAUUCGGUGGUUGGCGCACCUUACCUUAAAGCAGAUCCCUGAUGUAAACCAACUAUAACUGGUAUCCAUCCGGUUUACCUAACUGAUUCUAACAUGGGUUUUUGCUCCUUCAUACAUGUCUUGGACCAGGCUUAAAUAUUCUCUCAUUUUCCCCUUAACUUUCACACACUACCAAACCUUUUGAUGUAGGGUUGUAUCAUAUGUCUUCUUGAUGCCUAUACAUACUAUGUGCAGUCCUUUCUGCUUUUACCAGUGUUUUUGCAUCAUCUGUCUUAAGGUAAACACUGCAUCUGCUAUUCCUCUACCUGGCAUGAAACCAAACUGUUUUUUGCCUGUGGUUGCUUUUCUGUAACCUUUUAAUAUAUAAUUCAUUUUCAGAUUUUCAUGGUGUGAGACAUUAGCUAUUACUAUUCUUUUGUAAUUUUGACAGUCCUGGAUGUUACCCUUCUCUUUGUAGAUAAGUGUAUAAAGCUGUCUCUCCAUUCUAUUGGUAUCUUUUCAUGACUAUAUUUUCUUUGCUAGGUCCAACAGUAUGUCUAUUCCUUCUUCUUCCAGGCUUUUCCACACUUCUGGAAUUCCUUCUAGUCUUAUUUCUUUACAUUUUCCAUCUUCAUUAGUGCCUUCUUUACCUCCUUCCUGGUAAUAUUACUUGUUGAACAAGGUUCUGAACUUCAUUUGCAGGUGUUCAAAAUAUUCUUUCCACCUCUUCUUUAUCUUAUCCAUGUUGCAUAAAACUACUCCAUUCUAAUCUACCCUGUUUUAUAUGGAAAUACUAGUCUUUGGAGUUCUUGUCUCUCAGCCUUGUAAUUCUGUGAAUUUUUCUGUUUCCAGCUCUUCAUACAUUUCUUGUGCAAUGCCUUUUUUGAUUGUUUCUUAUAUCUUAUGUACCUUUCCAUAUCCUCUUACUGCCCUUACUUUUCCCAGAUCUUUUUUUUUUAUAUCUUUUAGGUUUCUCCACCUCUUUCACUUCAUAAUUCCAGCACCAUGUUUCUUUUUUGUCAUGAGGUUUCUUUCCAACACCUCUUUAUCCACUCUCUUUAUCACUUCACUGUUGUGAUUCCUCCAUUCUUGCACUCCCUCUAGCAGCCUAACUUCCCUCAGCAUUCUAUCCUUAAACUCUUGCCUUUAUUACUUGGCCUCUUGUGUCAGCCACUACUUGAUUUUGUAUGGGACAUGUGCAGGCUUCUAGGAUACUCCCACUAUUACUAGAGAACACAGGACCUUUCUAAAACUGACCAGACAGUUUGAUGUUAAACUAUUCUCUCUUAAGUAAAGCCCUUUUCCCUUUGCUCACCAAAUAGUCAAAUGUAUUUCCUUACUCUUCUGGCCAUACUGAGUAUAUCAAACAUUUUAUCCUCACUAAAAUUCCAGGCUGAGGGUUAAAAAAAAUGAAAUUGUUGAGAUUUUUAGGUGAUAGCAUACAGGACUCAUAAAAGAGAUUGACUCCUCAGUAAUAAAUGAGUGUUCAUAUA